CUUGCUCUUUUAUAGUUGUUGUAUUGAACAGUGAAAAGUAAUUACCACUUAUAAUAUGCCUCCAAACUGCACACCUGAAAAAAAUGCAGCAAAUUUAAUAAGCCCUAAUUAUGAAGGUGAGAACUUGUAUUUUAACCCUACAAUUAGUAAUACUGAGCAAAAAGAAGUUAAAAUCAAAAAUGAAUCUCAUGUUGAGCAAUUACUUAAUGAUCUACCUAAUUUGAAUAAGUUAUUCUUUAUUCAUUCAAAAAUCGGAGAAGGAACAUUUAGUAGUGUUUACUUGGCUACAUUAAAGCAGGAUCUGUCUAAAAGAAAAAAGUUUGCAAUUAAGCAUCUGAUUCCAACUUGUCAUCCAAAUAGAAUUAAAUUUGAACUAGAAUGUUUAAAAAAGUUUGGAGGAAGAGACAACAUAAUUGGAAUAGAAUUAUGUUUAAGGAGUAAAAACAACAUUGUUUUUGCAAUGCCUUACCAACCUCAUUUACCGUUUGUUGAAUUCGUUGGGGAUAUGGAUGCAAAGGAAUCAUCCGAUUAUAUUAAAAACUUACUUAUAGCAUUAGCCAAGCUUCAUGAUAUGGGAAUUAUUCACAGAGAUAUUAAACCAAGUAAUUUCUUAUAUGAUAGGAAAAACAGACGGUAUGUUUUGGUUGAUUUUGGUCUUGCCCAAGUUGUACCAAACAAUGUUACUAAUUCUUCUAAUGAUUCAUCGCUAAAAAGAAAACGAAAUUCAUUUUCACCUCAGUACAAUGGAAAAGUUAUAGAAGACAACAAACGGCCUAACAUUGACAAUUCACCUUCAACUUCUUUAAUUAAUACAAAAAAUUCUAUAAAAGACCAAAAAGAAAAUAACUGUUUCCAAAACGCACAUAAUAUUUAUCAGAAAGUUAUUGCAGAAGCAGGCUCGAAAAAACAAGACAUUAAAGGUAACUGUCGAUGUUACGGAAAACCUCGAGUUUGUUCUCACUGCUUAGUAAAGAGAAGUAUUCAAGCUAGCAGGGCAGGAACUCCAGGAUUUCGACCUCCGGAAGUUCUACUAAAAUACCCCGAUCAAACAACUGCUGUUGAUAUUUGGGCAGUGGGUGUAAUUUUCAUGUGUAUACUGAGUAACUGUACAACGUUUUUUACCAGUUUAAAUGAUAACAUGGCUCUUGCAGAGAUGAUUUCACUUUUUGGAACUGAAAAGAUAAACAGACUAUCUCAAAAACUUGGAAGGUACCUUUUAUGUAGUGAACAUAAAGAACCAGUAAACUUGAAGAAUUUAUGUAAUUUGUUAAGAAAACGAAAAGGUAACAACUCGAAAGUAGAAGAAACUGAAAAAUGUUGUAAAUGUUCGAAAUUAAUACAGUAUUGCUUCUGUACCAGUAGCAGCAAGGAUACCAACGAUGCAUUUCCAGAAAGUGCAUAUGAUUUACUGUUAAAGUUUCUUGAUAUAGAUCCUAAAACAAGAAUUACCGCCAAGGAAGCCCUAAAACAUGAAUAUCUUUCCAUUUAAAUUUAUUUAAAAGUAAAUAUUUUGAAUGAUCUGAAUUACUUUUUAAGAAACUUAAUAAAUAUUAUUUCAGUAAUUGACUUUAUAACUUUAAAACAUGACUGCAUACAUUUAUUAAUUAACUUGUUAUAUUGUUCCCGAAUCAAAUAAAAUUUCCAGGAUAACAAAAA